AUGAGGCCCCAAACGGCAUCGCUCAGCCGGGCGCCAUACCGAAACCUGUCGACAUGUCGAAUCCCAACCGGAGCGCGCGGGUUCGCCGCAACAGCACUUCCAUUGCGCGGUAACAGCAAUCGGCCCAUACUGUCGAGUGCUAGCACAUGCUUCCAGCAGCAGAGGUGGAUCACACAAAAAUAUGUUCAGCGCAUGAAAGAUGGCGAGAAGGAAUGGGCUGGGUUCGCGAAGCAGAUCAAGGCAGGCAAGCGCUUGAACUUUGCGCAACAUUUGGAGGAGCGAGGCUUGAUUCACGAUGUUGUUGGAGAACGCGAAUUGUUGCAUGAAAUCAUAACGGAAAAGCGGGCUGGUAUAUACGUUGGCAUUGACCCGACUGCUCCCUCAAUGCACGUUGGACAUAUGCUUCCAUUCAUGGUUCUCGCUUGGGGAUAUGUCUGGGGCUUGCCGGUCACAUUUUUGCUUGGCGGUGCGACAUCUCGAGUCGGUGACCCCAGCGGUCGUUUGAAGGGCCGCGACGCAGUUCACUCCUCUAUCCGAAAAGCGAACAUGGCCAGCAUGCACAUGCAAUUGAAGAAGCUUGGUGUGAGCAUUGAACAGUACGGCCGAAGACAUGGACACACGAGACAGCCGAUGUGGAAGCGGGCUUUAACCAACAAUAAUACUUGGUGGAACUCUAUGCCAUUCCUGGAGGUGCUGCGAGACCUUGGUGCUUACAUGCGACUUGGUCCAAUGCUUGGGAGAGAUACUGUCAAGACUCGAUUGGAGGGUGACGGUAUGUCGUUCGCCGAGUUCUCCUACCCAUUGCUUCAAGCUUGGGACUGGUGGACUAUGUUCCAGAAAGGAACUCAAAUUCAAGUUGGUGGUGCCGACCAGUAUGGAAACAUCUUGUUCGGCAUGGAGGCCGUGAAGUCUAUCAGCAGGAAUACUGCGGACGAACAAGUUCGUAACCCGUUGGAGUCAAAAGUUGACCACCCGAUUGGAUUUACCACACCACUUCUCACUGCGCCGAAUGGAGAGAAGUUUGGAAAGUCUGCAGGAAAUGCUAUUUGGCUCGACAAGGACCUGACCUCUACCUUCGAGCUUUACCAAUUCUUCGUGCGCACGCCCGAUGAUGUUGUUGAGCGUUACCUCAAGCUUUUCACUUUCAUCCCCCUGCCUGAAAUUGCUAUCCUCAUGGAAGAGCAGAACAAGGACCCUUCAAAGCGUGUUGCGCAGCACGCGCUUGCCUCUGAGUUUGUCGAGCUUGUUCACGGCAAGGAGGAAGCCGACGCAGUCGCCCUUCAACACCGUCAGCUCUUCCGUCCCCGGGCCUCUACAUCCGCCCCAACUCCUCUCACUAAAUCCUCCUCCCCUCCCGCCAGCCAUGCGCAAUCACCGACCGCCGGCUUCACUACUCCUCAAUCCGGAAACCCGUACGCGGCCCAGACUAACUUUGCCAACAUGGGUGAUAUGAAGGUCGUCCUCCCCGAGUCCCUUGUCUUCAACCAGCCCUUUAACAAGGUGCUCUGGUCAGCUGGCCUUGUUUCAUCCAAGGGCGAGGGUCACCGCGUCAUUGUGAACAACGGCGCAAAGGUCGGCAGUCGCCCUGGUGACAGCGGGCCGAUGACGGACGCGCUCUCUUUCACACCCAUUCGUAUCUGGGCAGCAGAGAAGACACGAGAGUUCGUCCUCAAUGACAACCUUUUGAUCCUCAAGCUGGGCAAGUGGAAAUUCAAGUCCGUCAACAUUGUGAGCGACGAAGAAUUCCGCAAGCAAGGGCUCACUGCUCCUGGUUGGGAAGAGAUGGAGGCCGGAACGACCGAGUCAACCGAGUCAACCGAACCAGACUCGACCGAGCCCGAGUCCAAGAACUAA